AUGAUGGCGUCCCUAGGGAGAUAUUGCACUGUGAGCGUGCUAUGCUGCUGGUGGCUUCGCGGAUCUCCAUACCUCCUGUUCGCUAAUAGGAAGGACAUCCGAAUCAUUGAUGCUGCAAAACCACGGGCACGAUCUCAUGUUGUGGUGAAGGAUCUGGAGGAUGCAGCUGCCUUGGAUUUUCAUUACAAGAAAAAUCUCAUCUGUUGGACAGAAAUCACACUUUAUCUGAUCAGAUGUACCUAUUUGAAUGGCACAGAGGGAACAACCCAGUACACCGUUGUGAGUGGCUAUGUCGCUCCAGAUGGAUUGGCCAUUGAUUGGAUCAAUGAUAAGAUCUAUUGGAGUGAUGUAGAUGCCAAGCGCUUGGAAGUUGCCAAUCUGGAUGGUUCACAUCGGAAGGUCCUGUCAUGGGAAGGGCAUGAUCAGCCACGUGCUAUUGCUCUCGUCCCACAUGAAGGGCUGAUGUUUUGGACGGAUUGGGGAGAGGAGGCAAAGAUUGAGCGUUCUGGGAUGAAUGGAGAUCCAGCAACUCGACAAGUCAUUGUGAAGGAUGACAUUUUUUGGCCCAAUGGAUUGACAGUUGACUUUGAAGACCAUGUCCUGUACUGGGUAGAUGCUCAGCUCAAGAUGAUCUCUUCUGUGGAUUUCAAUGGAAAUAAUCGUCAAGAGAUAACCUCUAAGAAACUUUCUCACCCUUUUGCUCUCACCUUAUAUGGAGAUAAUCUUUACUGGACAGACUGGCAAACUAGCACAAUUCGGACCUGCCCCAAGCAGCGAUGUUCAAAGCAGAAGCAAUUACCUGGAGGAUCUUUGAGCCCAAUGGAUAUUUAUGUAUGGGAGCAAGACCGGCAGCCUUGGAAAGAUUCCCCUUGCCAGCACAACAAUGGGGGGUGUUCUCAUCUCUGCCUGGCUGCCCCCAUUACUCCUUUUUUUUCUUGUGCUUGUCCUACUGGUGUACAGCUGCUCAAUUCUACAACUUGUGCAAAUGGUCCUCAAGAGUUACUUUUAUUGGUGAGACGUACUGAUCUCCGACGGAUCUCUCUGGACACCCCUGAUUACACUGCUGUUGUGAUGCCAUUGCAUCAUAUUAAGCAUGCCAUUGCCAUUGAUUAUGAUUCUGUUGAGAGGAGAUUUUAUUGGACAGAUGAUGAAGUACGUGCUAUCAGUCGUGCUUAUCUGAAUGGGACAGGACAGGAGGAGAUCAUCACCACUGAAGUUGAUCACCCAGAUGGGGUUGCCAUUGAUUGGAUUGCUCGUAAUAUCUUCUGGACAGACACAGGGACAGACAGAAUUGAAGUGGCUCAUCUGAAUGGUUCUUCCAGAAGAAUUCUCAUUAGUGACAAACUGGAUGAGCCACGUGCCAUAGUUGUGGACCCUCCUGGAGGUCUAAUCUAUUGGACUGACUGGGGAGCUAAUCCAAAGAUUGAGCGGGCUAAUAUGGAUGGCACUGAGCGAACUCAACUGAUUGAUACCGAUCUUGGGUGGCCAAAUGGGAUGGUGGUGGACACUCAUUCAGGAAGAUUGUUUUGGGGAGAUGCCAAGACUGACAAAAUUGAGGUUGCACACCUUGAUGGGUCUCAUCGCCAAGUCCUUGUAAAGGAUCAAAUCCCACAUACAUUCGGGCUGACACUCCUCGGAGACUAUUUGUACUGGACGGACUGGCAGAAUCGAAGAGUGGAGAGGGUCAAUCACCUGACUGGGCAGGAUCGAAGAGUCAUCAUUGACCAACUACCUGACCUCAUGGGAAUCAAGACUUAUCACAAUGAUCUCCUCAUACCUGUCCCUGGAGUGAAGGAAGCUGUGGCUUUAGACUUUCACAUUGAUGAAAAUAGAAUUUAUUGGAGUGAUACCAGCAUCCGAAGUAUCUCACGUGCCUUUGUGAAUGGAUCUCAACUGGAACAUAUAAUUGAAUAUGGUCUUCAAUUCCCUGAAGGGAUGGCAGUAGAUUGGAUAGCUGGUAACAUAUAUUGGACAGACAUGGGUAGCAUUCGAAUUGAGGUAGCUCGCUUGGAUGGAUCAUCAAGGAGGGUGCUUGUAUGGGAAGAUAUCCAGACUCCACAUUCAGUAACAGUUGAUCCUCGAUUUGGAUAUAUGUAUUGGAGUGACUGGGGGAGAGUGCCUCGUAUUGAAAGAGCAUCUAUGGAUGGAUCUGGGAGAGCUGUGCUUGUGAACAGAGUGGGACGGGCUAAUAGCCUUACCAUUGAUUUUGCAGAUAAUAGACUCUUCUGGACAGAUCUGGAUGUAAAGCGCAUUGAGAGCUCUGAUCUUGAUGGAAAAGCAAGGAGAACAGUACUCUCAGAAGACCUCCACCAGCCAUUCAGCUUAGCUCAAUAUCAGGACCAUAUUUAUUGGACAGAUAUGGAGUCAGGCUCCAUUGAGCGGGCUCAUAAGAUUACUGGAGAGAAUCGUACACGUAUCCAGUAUCACCUGGAUCUCAUUCUGGACAUUGAUAUCUACCAUGCUAGUCGGCAGUCUGGAUGGAAUCCAUGCCAUCCUGACAACAAUGGGUGCUCUCAUUUGUGCCUGGCAUUGCCCAUUAACGUCCCCUUGAAAGAGACCUAUCUCACCACAUGUGCUUGUCCCACUCACUACAGCCUUCACAGUGACAACAAAACUUGCAUAUCUCCCAAGACAUUUGUUGUCUUCAGUCAAAAAAAUUCAGUCAGUCGACUGUUAAUGGAUACUGGUGACUGCCCCGAUCUCAUCCUCCCAGUUGGUGGACUAAGGAAUGUACAAGCAAUUGCUGUUGAUGGUGUGAAUGAUGUUCUUUUCUGGGUGGACAAAUCUGCUACAAUCAGGCAUGCACAUCAGAAUGGGACACACCUUGGUGUGUUACUUCCAAAUCCCGAUUUAGAUCACCAUCCAUAUGAUCUUGCAUUUGAUCCCUACACCCAAUUGCUUUACUGGAGCUGUGCAAGAAAAAAUAUAAUCAAUGUCACAAGAACUGAUGGAUCAUCAAUUGGUGUCAUUGUUGGAAGUAAAGGAGAGAAACCUCGAGAUCUUGCCAUCCAUCAUCUCAAAAGAUUGUUGUUCUGGCUGGAUGUCGGAUCAGUUGGACAGUUAAAGAGAUCACUCCUGGAUGGCAGCAACAUCACCACCAUUAUUUCAGAUCUACCCAGUCCAACUGACUUGGUUGUAGAUGUUGAAGCUGAUCUGGUUUUUUGGGGUGAUGCUGAGAAGCAGUCAAUUGAAUUGGCCACAAUAGAUGGCAGAGACAGGAAAGUCCUAUUGGAGGAGGGUGUGCUACAUCCUUCUUCUCUUGCUCUUCACGGUGAUUAUCUGUAUUGGAUUGACAAGCAGCAGAACCUAAUUAGUCGGAUAAAUCGGAAAACUGGGAAGCAGCGAGAGUCUGUCCUCACGCGCCUUUCUCAUCUAUCUGACAUUGUGGCUGUCGAAGUCAUACCUCAGAAGAUCAUUCAGAGUACCCCUUGUGCCCCUGGUGCUCAUUCUUGUUCUCAUCUCUGCAUCAUAUCUGAUGAAGGACACAGCCAUCGAUGUGCCUGUCCUCGAGGGAUGAUCUUGAGUGAUGACCUCAAGAAUUGUCUCCAACCUCCUGCAUGUAGCCCUGAUAAAUUUGCCUGUGAUGGAGGCAUCAAUUGCAUACCUCUGUCAUGGCGGUGCGAUGGUGUAGCAGAAUGUCAAGAUCAGAGUGAUGAACUUGAGUGCUCCAACUGCAGGCCAGGGUUCUUCCAGUGCAAAAAUGGCCACUGUCUUGAAAAUAACUUGCGUUGCAAUGGUCAUGCUGAUUGUGAAGAUGAGAGUGAUGAAGAUUGUUGUGGUGAAGGCAAAUGGGCUUGUGGGUGGCCACAUCGCUGCCUGACACAGGAACAGGUUUGUGAUGGGAAUAACGACUGUCUUGAUCACAGUGAUGAGACUUCUGAUGCAUGUAAAUACCGAGAAUCAGCUGCAAUAUAUCUCGAGGCAACAUCAACUCCUGUCACUACGACUGUGAUUGUUGUCAGCCUUUCCCUCAUCUUCCUUGUAGUCAUCUUUUCCGUGAUAUACAUGAGGCGUACAUGCAUGAACAUUAACUCCUCGCCAGAGGGUGAGGGAUUGUCAGUGGGACUCUCCAGCAUGCGAUCAGCACGCAGCAAACGGUCAGCAGUGUCAGGGAGUGAGACCCUGACUACUUCAUUGACAGAGACUACUGCAGCGGCUGCUGCUGGUUACACGGCAGUCCCAACCAACCAUCGUCAUCUUCAUCCAUCUCACAUUCAGUCGUCAUCUUCGUAUGAUCGAAAUCACGUCACGGGCGCAUCGUCCAGUUCCAGCUCGGGAAGGUAUGGAGUAGGACCAAAGGUUCCUCCACCCAGCCCUGCUACAGUCCCACCUUCUGGCUGUUGUUCCACUCAGGUACAUUCAUAUCGACACUACAAGAGUAGAAAUCGGCCACCGCCACCCACUCCGUGCUCCACUGACGUGUGCGACGAAUCCGACUGUCAGGUGUACGAUUAUGACGUGUAUCCCCCUCCACCUCCCACUCCCCGGUCCCACUACUUCAGCAUCCCCUCUAACUGUCCUCCAUCGCCAAUGACAGAAAAGUCUUAUUAUAACCCCCUCCCACCUCCACCUUCACCUGUUCACUAUGACUGAGCUCAAUUUUAAUGUAAUCCCAAUAUCUUUCGCGCAAAUUUUGCCACUAAUCAACAGGUUAUAUCUGAAUCACUAUGGUACCUGAUCUCUUCUAAUGUUUUUGCACUUUUAAUGCCUGGGCAUCUGUCUUUCUUUCAAUUGAGGUGGUCCGUCUGUUAUAGUACAACGGUGGUCGGAUUUGCUGUGUGAGAUUUGUUAGUGUGAAUACAGUAUGUGUCUAUACAUUUGUAGAAAAGCGAUUCAAUGUGACAUCAUGGUGCCAUAUGUAAAGCCACUGAGUCCUGCCAUUCACAAGCAAAUUUGAUACCAGAUGCUGUUUCUUUCUGUGAUACGAAAAAGGACUGUGGACCCAACUCAUAAUUGAUGUCAUUUGUUAGUGUUCUGUACCAGUGACAAGUUUGGGCAUUUUUAUGCACAAGUAUGCCAUAACCACUGCCUUGACUCUGCUCACGAAUUGUUUGAGAAGUACACAUUCAAGGUGUGAGCUUGUUAAAGAUGCCGUCAUGUCACUCUGCAUUUUGCAUUGUCUCCAUCCAGAUACUCUGGAAUCAAAUGUCUUCAAUCAUCUUGUGAUAUAACCCUCUGAAGAUGUAGAGCAGGGAAUCUGUAGUAUGUUCAGUGCACAACAAAGUCUGGUGCUGUGGCAUUCUCAUGCUCAUGUCAAGAGCAACUUGUUCCAUGAAUGUUCUGCUAUCAGGAUCCACUCAAAUUUUUAUCUCUUCUUAUCUCUCCAAAAAUUGCUUUUAUUGUAGGCAUGAUGCAAAGUUUUGCUUGAUUAAUGAUUGUUUUCAUUUGUGCAUUUCUUAUAUUGAUUCGUCAUAAUAGUCCAUCUCAAUCUCUGCAAAUCUCUUCAGCAGAGCUACAAGUCCAUGAAAUUUAUCUUUAAUGACAAUUGACUAAGAAAUGAUUCAAGUGUCUUGUCA